UUCCCUUCCCUUGCAACACACUCUAUUUCUUAUUUGGUAGUUAGCAACAUCUCACCUAGAAAAAAGAACAAAACCCUUAUAGAUCCAGCAGCAUGCACCACAGCAAAAUCUGCCAUUUCCAUUCCCAUCUCUACUUUCCUCCUUUCACAAUAGCUAUUCCCAAUUACCAAUAUUAAUCAUCAUCAUGGUAGAGACUAUUGCAUCCCCACUCACCAGUCGUUUCAAUUACCAGAGGCUUGACCUUAAACGCUGCGUUCCUGCUUUUUUGUCUUCUCACAAAAUUCUCUUCACUUUCCUUUGGAUCGCUGCCUUCGCCUCCGUCUUUCUAUGGCAACGCAAUGCCGUCCGUGGUGGUUUUGUCGCUUUCUGGUUUGGACCCGUCCGCCCCAUCCCCAAACUGCGUCCUGUGGCGUUCAAUUUGACCGAUUUUGGCGCCGUCGGUGAUGGCAUUACUCUAAAUACCGAGGCUUUUGAGAGGGCAGUUUCGGCAAUUUCGAAAUUGGCCAGGAGAGGUGGUGGCCAGCUUAAUGUGCCUCGUGGGAAAUGGUUAACGGCACCGUUUAAUUUGACUAGUCAUAUGACUCUGUUUCUUGCUGAGGAUGCUGUUAUACUUGGAAUCCAGGAUGAGAAGUAUUGGCCUUUAAUGCCUCCAUUGCCUUCAUAUGGGUAUGGGAGAGAGCAUCCUGGACCUCGAUAUGGAAGUUUAAUCCAUGGUCAAAACCUCAGAGAUAUUGUUAUAACAGGACACAAUGGUACCAUAGAUGGACAGGGUCAAACAUGGUGGAAGAAGUAUCGCCAAAAGCUUCUCAACCACACUAGGGGUCCCCUUGUGCAGAUAAUGUGGUCGAGUGACAUUGUGAUUAUGAACAUAACACUACGCAAUUCCCCAUUUUGGACACUUCAUCCAUAUGACUGCAAGAAUGUAACAAUUAGGAAUGUUACAAUUCUGGCUCCCAUUUUUGAAGCCCCAAAUACUGAUGGAAUUGAUCCUGAUUCAUGUGAGGAUAUGGUAAUUGAAGACUGUUACAUAAGUGUGGGGGAUGAUGCAAUUGCAAUAAAGAGCGGAUGGGAUCAGUAUGGAAUUGCAUAUGGACGACCUUCAACGAAUAUUCUCAUCCGUAAUCUUGUAGUUCGCUCCAUGGUUAGAUGGCAACUGAGAUCCACCCUGGCUGAAUUUUGUAUUAGUGCCGGCAUAUCAAUUGGCAGUGAGAUGUCAGGUGGGGUAUCAAGUGUUACCGUGGAGAACCUCCUUGUUUGGAGCUCAAGGCGUGCAGUUCGGAUCAAGACUGCCCCUGGAAGAGGUGCAUAUGUUCGAAAUAUAACCUACAGGAACCUGACAUUUGACGAUGUAAGAGUUGGAAUUGUUAUCAAGACAGACUACAAUGAACACCCUGAUGAGGGUUAUGAUCCAAAGGCUGUUCCAACACUCCAGGACAUAAGAUUCAGUGGAAUCCAUGGCCAAGGAGUUCGUGUGCCUGUUCGCAUGCAUGGGAGUGAAGAAAUUCCAAUUAGGAAUGUGACUUUUCAGGAUAUGUCAGUGGGGUUAACUUACAAGAAAAAGCAUAUAUUCCAGUGCGCCUUUGUUCAAGGUCGUGUUAUAGGGACGAUCUUCCCUGCUCCAUGUGAAAACCUUGAUCGAUAUGAUGAGCAAGGAAAGCUGGUUAAGCUCUCUGUCUCCCAAAACAUAACAGACAUAGAUUAUGAUUUUUGACACGUCAACACAUCUCAACUCCCCUUAACCUUUCUGAAGGCCAAUGACAUUGUAUGAUAGGUAUGACUCUAUCAUACAAGCCAGACAGAUGACGUUGGAGCAGUUCAGGCUUCUUCUUAUGGUGUUCCAAUUUUAUUGCUUGCUUCAUUUGUAUAUACAGAUUUUCAUACAUUUCUAAGGUUUGUGAAAUGCAUAGCAUUACAAUUACAAGAAAAACUAAAUUGUGUGGUUGUUCUACUGUAUAUGACAAGCACUAUGAGUGCUCUCAAUGAUUUCAAUUGUUUUUUUUUU